UAAAAACCUUCACGCUCCCUUUGCUGGCGUCUCUUAUCGUCUCACUUUCGCUGGCUUCCUGCCCCCUCACUUCGCGCUCUGCCUCCGCCAAUUGAACUUUCUAGAUACAAGCAAGUCAUUUGUAGCUUAUCAACACCUACAUACACAAACAUCCACACAAUGGCAUCGGCCUCUCGAAGCUUCUCCCGCGCUCUGCGCACUGUUGCUCCCUCAUUCCGCACCACCGCCAUCCGCUCAUCUGCCCGCUUCGUUGCACCUACACAAAACGCCUUCCGCAACCAACGACGCGGAUACGCCUCCCAGGAAGAUGGCCCUGAUAAGCAUGAGGGCAACCCAACCGGUCUAGCUUUCGGUGCUGGUGCUCUGCUUGUCGGUGCUGGUGCCUACGCCCUAUACACAUACAAGCCAGAGCUCUUUGGCCAGACUAGCUCCAAGGUCUUCACUCCCAGGUUCGAGGAUUACCAGAAGGUCUACGACGCAAUUGCCAAGAGAUUGGAGGAGAACGACAACUACGAUGAUGGCAGCUACGGUCCUGUGCUGCUGCGUUUGGCAUGGCACUGCUCGGGAACCUAUGACAAGUUGACGGGAACUGGUGGCUCCAACGGCGCAACCAUGCGCUUUGCCCCCGAAGCUGACCACGGUGCCAAUGCUGGUCUCAAGGCUGCUCGCGACUUCCUCGACCCUGUCAAGCAGGCUUUCCCUUGGAUUAGCUACUCGGACUUGUGGAUUCUCGGUGGUGUUUGUGCCAUCCAGGAGAUGCAGGGCCCCAAGAUCCCUUAUCGUGCUGGCCGUGCCGACCGUGAUGUUGCCUUCUGCACUCCUGAUGGCCGUCUGCCGGAUGCCACCAAGGAUAGCAGCCACAUUCGCGCCAUCUUUGGCCGCAUGGGAUUCGAUGACCGUGCUAUGGUCGCCCUCUCUGGCGCCCACGCCCUCGGCCGCUGCCAUACUGACCGCUCCGGCUUCGACGGCCCCUGGACCUUCUCUCCCACCACCUUGACCAACGAUUACUUCAAGCUGCUUCUCGAGGAGAAGUGGGCGUACAAGAAGUGGAAUGGUCCCAAGCAGUUUGAGGAUGUCAAGACCAAGAGUCUUAUGAUGCUUCCCACUGACAUGGAGCUUGUCAAGGACAAGAGCUUCAAGCAGUACACCCAACUGUAUGCCAAGGACAAUGAUGUUUUCUUCAAGGACUUUGCCGAGGCAGUCACGACCCUGUUUGAGCUUGGCGUGCCCUUCCAGCAGCCCGAAGACCAGCGAUGGGUCUUCAAGAGCUCUUUUGAUUAGACUCUCUUUGCCAGGAUAGUGAAUUAGAGGAGGAUAGAAGACGUUUCAUUCCGAGGGUUCAGGUUUUGAACAUUCAAGAUAUCCAUCUAGAUUAUUAGACAUUUGCUUUUCACGAUACCCAUGGGAGUGGGUUAGCUACAAGACGUAUGUUUUUCUUUUUCUUUUUAUAGAAACAUACAUUGCGCUCUGUCCUGUGGUCGUAUGGUUUGCAAUAGAUAAGAAUAAGAAGAAUAAAGAUAAAUCAAACUUUACACCAUUUUACC